CCGCUGCAGCUGCUUCAGUGACGUUUGAAGCUUCGGGUGUCAUCGGUAACGUGGCGGUAAAGUUUUGAUACAAGCUUCGAAGCAGUGAGCUUCAUUAAGCCGAUACGAGCUUCGUUAGCCUCGGUAUUAAAACGUCCUGUCCAUGUGUUCCGCCGUUCACUGCAACAGCACUGAGGAUUUUCUGCUCUUAGUACCGUAACUGCGGAAGUCUGGUUUUGAUCUGGAGCUAGUUACGGUACUGUCUCAUGUACAAUGCAACUGGCGUCCUAGCUUUAUUGGCUAAAUUGUUGCUGCAUUUACUCACUCUCUUGGCUGAAGGAACUUGCGUGCUCGUGUUAAUGGUGGGGUGUGCUGUAACACAACAGCGUUGUGUUUGUGAUUGGCUUCUCCUUGUCAUGUGACUCGUCUAGUCAAACGAUGCCAGUCCCAAUAUCUUCCUAUGUCAAUAAUAGUUUAGAAAUCUGCCUGGUGACCGGCCCCUUUGCUGUAUGGCUGAAGUCAACCAGAUGACAAGAAAGUAAUGGCAUCUAUUAAGAGAGAUGACCGCCUGACAGUGUCCCAGUGUUUAGUAUGCGGUGCAGUGGCAGGCGUUUUCAGUCGGACCGUCACUUCACCGUUAGACGUCGUAAAAGUCCUGGGCCAGGUCGGAACGUUUCAUACUAGAAAUGGAUUUUGGAACACUUUUCGCCAGGUGUAUCGCUCUGAAGGCGUCGCGGCGUAUUGGAAGGGGAACUUAAUUGCCUGCAUGCGUUUGUUUCCAUACAGUGUAGUUCAGCUGGCAUCUUACAAGAGGAUUCUCCACUUGUAUAUGGACGACCGAGGAUAUAUCACACAAUGGGGGGCCAUUGUGGCUGGAAGUCUGGCAGGAAUUGUUGCCACUCUGAUAACCUAUCCAGCUGAUGUAAUUGAAACCCGUCUUAUAAUUCAGAACAAGAAAAGCCCAUCCUACAAAGGAAUUAUGGAUGCUUUGCACAGCAUCUGUAAAAAUGAAGGGUUCCUUACUUUGUAUCGAGGGGCCUCCCUUACUUUAAUAGGUGCAAUUCCUUUCUCUUGUGGAGCUUUUUUAGUGUAUAUGAACCUUGAUAAGCUUUGGGGCGAGCCAAGUUUCAAAUUUGGACCGUUUCAGAAUUUCAUAAGUGGCUGUUUGGCAGCUGGAUUUGCACAGACACUGUCAUUCCCGUUUGACACAAUUAAGAGGAAAAUGCAGGCACAGAGUCCUAUUUUGCCUCACUAUGGUGGAGUUAAUGUCCAUUUUUCUGGCAUGGUUGAUUGCUUCAGACAAGUUAUAAAAAUUAAAGGCAUCCUCUGUCUUUGGGAUGGAUUGACAGCCAAUCUACUAAAGAUUGUCCCAUACUAUGGUUUGAUGUUCAGUACUUUUGAAUUCUGCAAGCGUGUGUGCCUCUAUAAGAAUGGUUUUAUUGUAUCACCCCUCAGCUAUCAGUUGGCACCUGGAGUGGACCAGAGCCUUAGGCCUCAGGAGUUGAGAGAAUUAAGGAAAUACUUCCACAACAGGAGCUUCAAGUCAGAACAGAGCAGUUUGAAAAGCAGGUGGUGAGGAGAAAAGAAUGUUGGCACCCUAUAGUACUCCACCAUACAAUCAUUUUUAUACUGUAUGAAAUACAAAUGCAUUUAUUUAUCACUGAAAAAUGCAUGCAUUUUGAUUUGCUUUGUACUGAUCUACAGAAAAUAUCUGGAACCAAUGGCAAUAAUAAUUUGCAAAUUAAUUUAUUCUCAAAAAAUAGCUUUAAUCAGUAUUUAACAGUGAAAGUGCCAUCAAUAAUUUAAAGUGGAGUGGAAGUUCAACUUGUAUAUUAAAUAUACAAGUGCAUACAUAUAAUUUAAUCGGUGUAAUUUACUCUUCUGCUAUCACUGCACAAACAAAAUACCAAAGAGACUUAUUUGCAAGAAAUGUCUCAAGCACUUAGUUUUUAUCAUUCACUUCUUGUCUGCACUGAGAGUGUUUCUAUUACAUUAUUUAUAAUGCACACAUUUACAAUUUAUGUUCAUGAUCUACUUUUGUUAGCUUGACUUAUUAUGGAUGUGUCUUCAUUCAACAUACCUUGGUCACUAGUAUGGCAUUUAGAAAUCAUGAUCAAUAAUCCUUUGUCAUUCAUCUGUAGAUUUCAUAUUGAAAACCAUCAUGAAGCACUUUACUUUUGUCUUCACGCACAACUGUAGUAUUAGAUGACUUCAUCCUAAUUGUACAUUUUGUUAUGUGGAGAAUGUAGGUAGAUCUUGGAUCUUCUUCCUACAUCAUAGAUAUAUAGCCAUUGUCUUGACUCACUCCUUAAAGUCAAGAAGCAGAUUUAAGUUAAACUGCUCUUUUUCUUGACUUGAUACAGACCCAGAAAAUUACGGUUGGGUAGCUUAAAUUCCAGACCCUGCUACCUUCUCUUUUAAGAAGAUCUUUCUGGUUUCUGCCUUGAAUGCACAUUCUCUCCAUGUGUGUAUGUGUAUGUAUGUGUGUACUAAUAUUUAGUUGGAAGAUUUGUGACAAAUCUGAAACAUUGAUUGUGUCUAUAGAAAAUUUUCUCAGGUCAGGUGUGGAGAAGUUUGAAAUCACAGAGAUUUGUCAUUUAGUAAAACACUCCUCUCCCAUUCACCAAAGAUCUGGACAAAAAGGCCAUGCAAAGAACUAAAUAAUAAAUCUGUUCACAUUCUUCUUAUUCAGUCUUAUUAAGUGUACCAUUAACUUUCACUAAGCACAAUUCCAGAUAAUAAAACCAAAUAAAACAUUGACCUCAUAUUUCCA